AUGAAACCCUCCACCGCCUUCGCCCUCGCCGCCCUCUGCAUCAAGAGUUGCGUGGCCGACUUCUGGAUCUACGAGGCUGGCGGAUUUGGCGACAUUGUCCCUGUCACGUACUUCCGUUUCUACCACGACCCUCCCAAGUGCGGUACAACCGGCAAUAACAACGGACAAAACUAUCUCCCAUACGAUGAUGUCAGCAAGAGAAAGGGCAUUGCCUGUGACGGGAACGGUUGCGAGGGUGGAAACCCCAACGAGAUCACCCGUUUUGAGAUGAAUGUGGACUGGGGACACUACACUAUUUACAAGGACCGUGGCUACAGGAUGUACGACAAGAAGAACAACGUUGUGGGGCAGUGUCGUCCUGAUAGAUCCAAGAGCUAUCUUUGUGUUGGCACCGGGCUUCCUGAUGGGGCUAGUGUCUUCCACUGCACUACGUCUGUUGACAAGUUCUGA